AAUUGUGAGGGUGUCGAAUAAUAAAAGCAACAAUGCAAGGGCCAAAUAGGAGUGUUAUUAUGCUUAAAUCUGUAGGUUUUCCUUUGGAAGUCAACACCACCAUGCACAAAGGCACUGACAACAAAACGGGUGUGUUCUCUGUGAACAGAUGCAUGACAUACACACUGGGUAGGAGAUUUGUUUCUUUGAACAUAACUUUGACGGGCAAGGCCGAUCGUGUAAACAAUGUACUCCUCGAAAUCUUUGAAAAAAAUGGUAUGAAUUCUUCUGCCCAUUAUACCCUACGGAUCAUAAGAAAUGAUAAAUACGGUGUUUUAUGUAAAAUGAAUAGUCGCCUUUCGGGUUUUUAUGAUUCGUAUAAGGACCAUUAUUGCGUGCCACCAUUAUCAAACACGGAAAUUUUUUAUUACUUUUGUCAUGAGAAUCGUUUAGGAGGUUUUUUCUUUCUUGAAAAGAACGUUAUCAAUGAAGUUGUGGAGAGGGUGAAGGCCACACACGCUUUCGAUUGUGGCGAUGAAACUGUUAAUGUCAAAAUAAAAGUAAGGUAUGACCAAAGAGUUGGGUUGAUUGUUGAUGUGGAGGACCCUGUGAAGGUUACGACGGAUUAUACUAUUCAUGUCAUUAAAAGAAUAAAACGAAAGAUAGAAAGUAAGAUGGAAGAUAGCACGCUCUCUCUUUAUAGAAAUGUUAACCGUUUACCUCCGCCGAAUGGGAAUAAUGAGAAGCUUGUUGAUGAUGACUACAUGGACGAUGAAGGAGAUCAAGAUGAAGACGAAGAAGAAGAAGAUGAAGACUACUACUAAAGGAUAACCACCAUUUAAUAGAGGAUUGAUUGAAAAAAAUAAUAGUUAAGACUCUGAUAAAAUAAAUAUAUUUGUACUCCGUUUUAAUUAAAAAAAACGCGUAUGUAGUUCAAAUUUUAUCUGCUAAUUUUUUGAAUCCUUUUGUAUUUUUAUUUUAUUUUAUCUCAAUAAUAAUGGUAAUGUAAAAAACUAAAUGGGAUCCAAAUAGAAUAUGAAACAAGAUUGAAUUAACUUGACGUGUUCACACAUCAAUGUCAACGUUUUAAAGUUUAUAUCCGAAUAAACUUUAAUUUUACUUUUAUAUUUCAUUACUUCUAUGAUUUUAAUAUAUAUAAUAUUCGGAAUGAUAUAUUGAAUUAACCUGAUCUUGUGCUAAUAUUGUCCGAUCAUGAUUAGAUUAGAAAUGCAUUAGAUGUGUUCAGUACUUAGCGUAAGGGUUGUGUUGAAAUAUACUACAUCGGUUAAAAAUACGAUUAUGAAGGGUAAAAAUACUCUUUAUAGAGUUGUCUGGGAAACGAUUUUUUUUUUAAAGUGUUGUCUUUAAACAAAAACUCGUGAUAGAUAAGUAAGUUCUCUCCCCCGUAAAGAAGUGUUUUAUCAUAAUUGUUAAAAUUUUGUUGAAAAAGGUAAUAUAUUUUAAAGAAGGUUGAGCUAUUAUUACCGAUUAUCAGUUGAUUCUAUUAGUUUAAGAUUAAAACACGUGAAAAAAAUCAUGAGAGAUAAAAUAGUAACAGUUACGCAAAAAUGCUAAACGAAGUUGCAAAA